AUUCCCAGGCAUUAAAUGUCCUGUACAGUAACACACAUGGCCGUGCACACACGUGUUGUGUUGUACUGUCAGUAAAACACACGUGUUGGUGUAGUGCUGUCAGUGAAACACACGUGUUGGUGUAGUGCUGUCAGGAGUAGUGUACAACUAAAUCACAUCACGGCUGCAACAAACACACAAACAACUACAAGCGGCCAGCAGCAACGAUCACCAACUUCACAAGUUGCAACAACACAACCAGUUGCACCCAAUACGUCAAUAGUUGACAUCGAUACUUUAAUGCGUAACGCGUUGUAACACGCAUAAUUGCGAUAUCAACAUCCACGGCACCGCCAUGAGCUGGGCCAUCGCGAGCGCGGUGCGCGGCACCGCCCGACCCGCCACCCCCUUCGGCCUCCUCCUGCCGCCGGGUAGGGUGGCCCCGAAGCCUGCGGGGCGGCUAGGCAAGCCCGUGUUCUCCUCCCCUCCUCCUCCGCUCGCGGGUCGCGUGUCCCGCCUCAGCUCGUGGCGACGCUUCCCCGCCGGCGUUGGCGAUGCCUUGGACAGCGUCCGCACCAAGGUGGGCGCCCUGCUGCCCGAGGGCGACGUGCCGACCCUGUGCAGCGACGGCAACCUGCCCGAGCUGCCCCCCGAGGAGACAGACGUGGUGGUGGUGGGCGGCGGCGUCAUGGGCUGGUCCACGGCCUACUGGCUGGCGCGCAAGGGCGCCACCGCGCUGCGCAAGCGCCAACGCGUGCUGCUCGUGGAGAAAGACCCCCAGUACAAGCGUGCGUCGUCCGUGCUUGCUGCGGGUGGCAUCCGGCAGCAGUUCAGCCUGCCCGAGAACAUCCACAUGUCCAUGUACGGGGCUUUCUUUCUGCGCAACAUCAAGGACCACCUGACCAUUCCGGGUGAGGACCCCCCCGAGGUGUUCUUCAACCCAUCCGGAUACCUCAUGCUGGCCGGCGAAAAGGAGGCAGCGAACAUGGAGGAGAAACACCGCAAUCUGCUGAGAGAGAACUGCAAGGUGGAUCUUCUCUCACCUACCCAGCUCAAGACAAAGUUCCCCUGGAUCAACACAGAGGGAAUCGCCUUGGCUACAUAUGGGCUGGAGAACGAGGGCUGGUUCGACCCCUGGGCUCUGCUGCAGGCGCUGCGCAGGAAAGCGCUUUCCAUGGGCGUCUACUACUACAACGGCGAGGUCACCGGGUUUAAGUUCUCCAAUUGGAUGGGAAACAGCAGCACUCCGAUCAUUCACAAGGUCUAUGUGAUGGCGCCCCACAGCCGCGUGUACCAGCCCGUGGACUGCUCGAUGGUGGUGAACGCCACGGGCGCUUGGAUGGGCCAGGUGGCGCGCAUGGCCGCCCUGGGCUCGGACGCGCAGGGCCUGGGCGCGUACGGCCGUGUGACCCACACCCUGCCAGACACGCGGCCCGAGUUCGGGCCCCUGCUCCCGCAGCUGCCCAUCGGGCCUAGGAAAAGGUACGUGUUCGUUUUCCACUGCCCCGACGGGCCGGGCUUGGACUGUCCCCUCGUUGUGGACCCAAGCGGGGCCUACUUCAGGAGGGAGGGCAUCACAGGCAACUACAUCGGGGGCAUGUCUCCUCCACCGGACGAGGAGCCGAGCGUGGACAACCUGGACGUGGACUACGACUACUUCCAGGAGAAGGUGUGGCCACUACUGGCACACCGUGUGCCGGCAUUCCAGUCGCUCAAGGUGCACAGCGCGUGGGCCGGAUAUUACGAGCACAACGAGUUUGACUCAAAUGGGGUGAUCGGCUUCCUGCCCGAGGUGCCCAACCUGUUGCACGUGGGCGGCUUCAGCGGGCACGGGCUGCAGCACGCGGCUGCCGCGGGGCGAGCUGCCGCCGAGAUCCUCGCCGACGGGGAGCUCACCACGCUCGAUCUGCGCCGCCUCACGCCCACGCGCAUCCUAGACGGCGAGCCGCUGCUCGAGGACUAUAUCGUGUAACGCUCGCAGAGGGAGUUGGGUGCAGCGGUAAGGCUUGAGUGGGGUCUUUCUCAGGGCUUGGAUAGGAAUCGCCACACGUGAACUCGCACCUUAACCACUUGUAUCAUGGAAAGAUGGAUGGGGGGGCAGCCUUUCCCUUAUGGCCGAAUAGGGCUUCCAGGGAAGCGUGAUGACAAGUACCUUGCCCACUCUUACAUGCCGUUUGAUCAUUGCUUGAGCAUUGACGUGGCCCUGGGUUAAUAUAAAUAGAUUUGGAAUGUUAUUAAAAGUGCAUUCACCCAUGGUAGAUCUUGCCUUUACAUUGUUUUGAUGCCCCGAACUGUACUUAAAUUGCAUUUGAUUUGUGUUGUUCAAAUCCAGGUUACUGUGUUGAUAUCAAUUCAUUUCAUAUACGACUAUGGGAGAUUGAUUCUAGCCUUGCCUUGUUCUCAUGGCCCGUGUCAUUUAUGUUGCCUAGUUACCCUCUGAGAGCUUUGAUUACAACGAUGUGUUUCUUGUGCAAACUCGUUGGUACUUGUCUUCCCUGGCCUUGGACAUUUGCCCUGUAAUUUGGUGUUAUCCUGACAGGUCUGCUGCUAUACACACACCGGGACAAGAUUUUCCUCCAAAAUUCGUAUUUAUUUAAUUGAUUUUACAUUGUGAGAGAGAGUGUUGAAGGAUAAAUAAAUGGAAAAUACAAGGUA